CAGCUCACACGCUCCACGAUAUGCGGAAGAGUUUCGUUCUGGCUGCUCGGGGUGGCUCGAGGGAUGCCGAUAAGAUCACCGAGGCUAAGGAGAAUGUGGUCCCGGGCUCCACUACCGCUGCCAGUCGACCGUCAGCCGGUCCAGUGCGGCACGAUGCUAACGGCGCAGGAUUCGGUCGACCAUCCUUCAAGGCAUUCAAGAUACCCAGCUCCCUCAAGGCGAUGGCUGCCAGCCGCAACAUCAGAGUACAGCAAUCGAGCGCGACCGACUUAGGAGUGCGAUCCCGAAAGAAGGUCGAUUACGCAGAGCUGGCCGGUCCAGAUGAGGCUGUCGAAGUGCCCAGGGAGUCACGCAAAGCGAUCUCGAGCAAGCGGGACGAUGACUACAAAGAUGAGCCUGCGUAUGCCGAGGGACCUUUGCUCAGUAAUGGUCUCUACACCGACUCGCGCGGGAUUCUGGUGGCAAAGCACAAUGCAAAGAAGCGACCUCAGUCAGCCGAAGAUGAGGACGAAGAUGAAGGCGCGAAAAAGAAGAAAGGACGCUUCGGGGGUGAAGACAUACCUCCCCCACCGCCUCGCGUGUUUCCCAAGUUCAACAGUCCAAAGCCGAAGCCACUUGAAGUCGCAAAGUCCGCAUUUACGAUCCCUGCCAUACGUGAUGCCAAGACGGGUGAGACAAUACAAUUUGCGCCCUCUCGAGCCGGUGCACUGGGAGUCUGUCGCCGGCCCAUGCUUAUUCCCAGACCGUUGCACGAUCCUCUGGGCGAUCGUGCGAUCGUCUUGUGGGACCCGACCGUCGAUGACAAGGAAGCAGAACUCGAAGCAGCCCGUCUGGCAGAGCAGGCAAAGACUGUGACGCCGGUCAAGCUCGAGGCUCGUGACAUCGUCCACAAGUCGAUCGCUUCCAUCCUCGGUCUCGACAAGCAGAAUGAACGCGAAGCAGAGCUCCGGAAACGCAAAGUUCCCGUUGUGCUCGAUCCACGUCUGGGCAAAGUCUUGCGUCCUCAUCAAGUGGAAGGAGUCAAGUUCCUAUACAAAGCUGCAACAGGCAUGAUCUCCGAAGGUGCAUUCGGCUGCAUCAUGGCGGAUGAAAUGGGCCUUGGCAAGACGCUGCAAUGUAUCACUCUUCUCUUCACGCUGCUCAAGCAGUCUCCAAAGGCCGGCAAAGGUACGAUCGAGAAGGCCAUUGUCGUCUGUCCAGCGUCACUCGUGCGCAAUUGGGCCAACGAAUUCGUCAAAUGGCUCGGACCAGGCACAAUAAAUCCGCUCGCUAUCGAUGGCAGCAUGCCCAAACCCGAUCUUAUGGCUGCUUUGCGUCAGUGGGUAUCCGCACAUGGCCGUGCCAUUUGUCAACCAGUCAUCAUCGUCUCCUACGAAACACUGCGUUCGCUCACUGCUGAGCUCGGCAACGCACCCAUUGGCCUCAUCCUCUGUGAUGAAGCUCAUCGUCUGAAGAAUGCGACCAAUCUGACCUAUACCGAGCUUGACAAGAUCAAUGUUCAGCGACGUGUGCUACUUACAGGCACGCCCGUUCAGAAUGAUCUAACAGAAUACUUCUCUCUGCUCAACUUUGCCAUUCCUGGCAAGCUCGGUGCGCGGGCAGAUUUUAAGAAGAACUACGAACUGGCAAUUGUUCGCGGUCGCAUGUCAGAAGCAACCGACAAGGAGCGAGAAAGGUGUCAAGAGAAGCUCAAGGAGCUGACUUCGCUUGUCAAUCAAUUCGUCAUUCGUCGCACGAACGAUUUGCUCACCAAGUAUCUACCUGUCAAGUACGAGCACGUCGUCUUCUGCAAUCUGUCGCCUCUGCAGCUCCAACUUUAUCAAAAGCUUAUCAAGCGACCCGAAGAGAAAGAUGCCAAAGGCGGCACGAGCGCGCUUGGCGCAAUUCAGCGCGCUCAGAAGCUCUGCAAUCAUCCUCAACUGCUCGAUGCGUACUUUCGUGACAAUUUUGACGACUUCAAGAACGAUAUGCCAGACGGAUUCGAUCCAUUCGACCGUCGCCGCAGUGUCGUCUCGGAGUAUUCAGGCAAGACGCUGGUCCUUGAUCGCUUCCUUGAGAAGAUGCGCGCAGAGACAAAUGAUAAGAUUGUGUUGAUCAGCAAUUACACCGAAACACUCGACGUGUUCGAAAAGAUGCUCAGGGAUCGCAAGUAUGGCUAUUUCAGACUGGAGGGUAGCACGAGCAUCAAGAAGCGCCAGAAGCUUGUUGAUGAAUUCAAUAACCCAGAAGGCAAGGAAUUCGUCUUCCUUCUAUCCUCGAAAGCCGGCGGAUGCGGAAUCAAUCUCAUCGGCGCCAAUCGGCUCAUUCUCUUCGAUCCUGAUUGGAAUCCUGCCGCCGACCAACAGGCACUUGCUCGUGUUUGGCGCGAUGGCCAGAAGAAGGAUUGCUUCGUCUAUCGCUUCAUCGCGACCGGCACGAUCGAGGAGAAGAUUUUCCAACGGCAGGCUCACAAGCAGGCUCUCUCGUCCUGCGUUGUCGAUGCGAAAGAAGAUGCGGAGCGCCACUUCAGCCGCGACGACCUCAAGCAGCUCUUUGCCUACAAGGCCAACACUAUCUCUGAGACGCACGACACGUUCAAGUGCAAACGAUGCAAGGACGGACGCCAAUCGAUCAGAGCGCCUGCCAUGCUUUACGGCGACACGAGCACGUGGAAUCACAUGAGCAACGAUUGCCUUCAAAACAUUCAUGACGACCUUUUGCGUGCAGAGACAGGUCUGGGCGCGGUCUCGGCCGUAUUUCAAUUCAUCUCUUCUUAGGCGCUGACGUCUACUGUUGUUGCUUACAACAAUGCCAUCAUGUAC